AUGUUUCCGAAGGCACCCUAUACUGGAAGACAUGUUCCAUUCCGCAAGAAUCUGAGUAACACACAAGAGAAUAUUGUGCCGAUAUUAUACUCAAGCCGUUAUCUGAGAGAUAAUUUUGUCAUCCUUUGCACACUAUUAAUUCAUGAUAAUGACAAUAUGCAGCAUGAGCGGUUGGGAGAUUUAUUAGCAGAAUAUGUAAUAAGGAGGGGUUUAGGGGGUUUGCAGGCGGAGUAUAAGCAAUUCCUAUGGACCGAUAUAAAAGCGGAACUGGAACAAUUUGUGGAAUAUAUGGAACGUGACCACCUAGACAGCUAUGCUGUUAAUUGUUUGCACGUGGGUUAUACGCGUCCAGGGCAUGGAGACAUAGCAUUCGAAGCUAACGUGGGCGACAGAAUUAUGUGCACACUCAUGACACGAGCAUUAUUUUUCAUGAAUGGAUGGCCCACGCAGUUCGCCAGCACAGAGAAUAAAGACAGCAAUAGCGCAGAGUUGAAGGAACAUAUAAGAUGCGCUGUAGCAAAUAUAUUUAUGCACAUAUUACUGGCAUCUCCAUGCAAAGGUACCAUGGGUACAUAUUAUGCAUGGGACAUUGUGCACGAGCUGGAGACAGUUUGGCCUGGAUUACUUACAAAGGGCAAGUGCCAGAGGGGAGUGUUUACACAAAUAAAAAUACAAGAGGUUGACAUGCAGACACAGAUUACGACAUGGUUAGAGAACAACAACAGGUUGACUGACAAAAUUAGAGGGCACGCAAUACAAAGCACAUGUAGGCAACGGUUAGUACACUUUGACGGGGCAACACAGGGUACAUACCCUAUGCAUGGAGACAGUGAACUGCAGCCACAGGAGAAAACACUUAUACAGACACUAAGCCAAGACCUGAAGCUCAUAGUUGCGGACGUGAAGACAGAAGUAAUGCAAAAGGCGCGGGAAAAUGGAGAAUCCACGGAUCCUAUCGAAGACGCCGGCAGUAGAGUUAUCGCGGAGGACGAGAGUGAGACCAUGGUACCGAACCCUGGCACAAGCGGUAAACCAGCAACACCACGCGGCAGCGGACCACAGCCUUCGACGCCGGACACGACGAAGCAGGCACACAGCACACCAGAGAAGCCACAUAAAGGACCCGUAGCCGAAAAGGACAAGGGCAAAGGCAGUACAACAUCCCAAUCUGGGGAAGGAGUGGGAAGAACCGCUCCCCCCAAGAAACCGGAACCUCCACCAUCAGAACCGUCAUCAGAAGGGAAAUCAGGAGUAAGCCAAGGACCGGGUCAGGGACCAGGACCUGGACAACAACCCCCACCUCCACCAGAACGGGCACGUCCGGCAACACCAGGGGUAGGAGGAGCAGGUGUAGCAGCAGGGGGGCCGACACAGCCACAGCAGGAUACCGAUACGGGAGAAAAAAAGAAUAAAGAUGCAGGUGAGGCAAAUGCUUGUACCAGGAGUGAGACUAUAUCCAUUACACGAGGACCAUCCCGCGGGCAAUAUGCUGAUCAUAUUGAUGACCCCAGAGAAGGUAAUGGUCCAUUGGAGGAAAUCAAAAGAAACGGCUCAAAGGGCACAACAUCCGCACAGGGACCUGAACCAGUAACAACUCAAUUAACACACUCAGAAACAGUAACACCAGCCACAGGAACAGAACCAGGAAAAGGAAAUGGAAAAUCGUCACACUGGGAUUUGAGUAAGGUACCCCAUACAACCCACUUAUGGGGAAUAGGAACAGGAUCCCCAGACUUAGUGACCACAGGAAAAGUACCUUCAGGUGGUAAACAGGCAGAGGGAACGGAUAGUACUACAGCACAAGGUUCCUCUACGGUGUCCCCGCACUAUUUCGCGCACUGUAACGGCGGUAGUUGUGACUUCCAAUUUACCCCAGAAAAUUCCCUGAACAUAAAGGACGCACCAGGAGGCUUCGUAGCACCAACCUUCGCAGCACAUACAUCUCUUUCUUCGACUAAUAACCACGGUCCCGGGAAAGUGACCCCACAUGUUCCCGACCUAACCGCUGUUAUUGAACAGUGCCACAAUGAGUCACAGUUGCAACACCAAGAGCACUAUUUAGAUAAUUUAUUAGAUCAUAUGUGA